UCAUAACGUCGUCGUCUCUCUCUCCCCACCCCCAAUCCAACCAUUUCCCCAAUCCAACCACGAAAAAUGGCAAGAGAAGAUGAAUACCAAAGCCCACAGAAUCCAAAACACACAACCAAAGAAUCAAUCAGGAUCGAAAAUGUGGAAAACAAGGACAGUUUUCUCAGCCCAAGAUUCCUAUCUGCGGCCGCCAUGGCCGGUUGGGAUGAAGAAGCCCUUUUGCUUGCCAGCCUCGUCGUCGAAGACACCCCAGAAAGAGAAUCUAAACAUAAGAAACGCCCCAGUCUGCAGUUUAAGACUCCGCCGCCUACAAAUUCAAGAAGAAAACGUAGAUCUCCGCAACAAAAUCUGCCUUCAAUCCCCGUCAUUGGAGUGAUCAACCUCGACCAUGCCGAGACCAGCCUAGAAGAUGGUGCAGAGAAGAAGGUUGCGGAGGCUGUCAUGAUUGAAGAGAAGAAGAAGCAAGAAGGAGACGAUGAAUCUAUGCCUGCAGAGGCUGGUAUUUCUUGUUCAGGUUCUACCAUUCUGUGUAUGGAUCGACUGAGGGAAGAGCUUUCAUGUGCGAUUUGUUUGGAAAUUUGCUUCGAACCCAGCACUACCAGUUGUGGGCACAGCUUCUGCAAGAAAUGCUUGAAAUCUGCUGCUGAUAAAUGUGGGAAGCGAUGUCCAAAGUGCAGGCAGCUAAUCAGCAAUGGGAGAUCGUGCACAGUAAAUACGGUGCUUUGGAACACCAUACAACUUCUGUUUCCAGAGGAGGUUGAAGCAAAGAAGGUGGCAGCAGCAGCAAGACAUAACCAGGAAACCAAGAACAGAAGCCCAAAAAAUGGUGGCAAUAACAUACGACAUUCAAAUCUGGAUUCAAGCACUACAAACAGUAACAGCAGCAGAAGGAGAACAAGGUGGAGCACAAAUCAGGAGAAUGCUGCAUCGACCUUUCAGAGUAACAGCGAUAGGAGGAGGAGAGUGAGGUUGGGCCAGAAUGAGGAGGAGGAUGCAGCCUCAGCUUUUCCAAGCAAUACUGGUAGGAGGAGAAUGAGGUGGGGCCCAAGUCAGGAGGAGGAUGCAGCCUUGGCGUUUCAGCUGCAGAGGGAAGAGUUCAUGGAAGCUUUUAGGGGGGCUCAUGAGCAUGAGCAGCCAAGUAGCUCUUUUGUCACUGCCAGAGCCAACUUGAGGGCCAUGGCAUCGAGAGCAAUUCACCUUCGCGUUAGAGGCCGGCCCACCUAGAUUAGCAAUUUCAUGUAUCAGACCAUUGACUAAAACCCAUUCCAACUUUUUCUGAACUUCUUGCUUGAUGUAUGUCUUCAACAUAUUAUUGCUUAAUCUAACGGAUGUUUUUGUAGUCAGAUUCAAACAAAACUUACCUUGUUUGAUCUGUUCAGUACCCCUCACAA